AUGAGCCCGGCGCGCCGGGCGCCUCCCGCGCCCCCCCGCUGGCUCCUGGGUCUACUCGCCGCGGCCCUCCGCUGGGUGCCGGCCGGCGGGUCCCGCGCGGGCGCCUCGGCGGGCGCGAGGGGGCGCUGGAGGGCUGCCGCCGCCGGCGCGCGCGAGGAAACGGGCGCUGUCACGGCAGGCGGCCCCGGCGGGGGCGUGGCCCUUGCGGGGCUGGGGGCGCUGGCGCACGCGGAGCACGCGGGCCGCCGGGGCGCGCAGGGCGAGCACGGCGGGUCUUCGGCAGGGCAGGGCGACCUUCGCUCGCGCGGCGGCCCUGGCUCACACGGCGGCGGCCAGGGCGAGCGCUCCGACGGAGAGCUCGAUUCCAGCGAGGUGCCCGAUGGCCAUGGCGACCACGGCUCCCAGGAGACGCACGGUCAUGGUGCAGCCCACGAGGUGCCCGAUGGCCAUGGCGACCACGGCUCCCAGGUGCCCGAUGACCAUGGCGACCACGGCUCCCACGAGACGCACGGUCAUGGUGCAGCCCAGCAUCACGGCGCCGACGGGGGGGAGCACGACCAUGGGCCUACGGGCCGUGGUGCAAGUUCGGUUGCCAUUGGUCUUGUGACGACGACAAUCAUGAUCCCAGUGGUUCUCUCCAUGGCUCUUAGCGAGGGGCUUCUCGGUAUACUCACGAUGAAAUUACUUGAUACGUUUGUAUCGAUAUUCUUGGCCGUGCUGUGGUUUAGCGCCUUCAACCAGACUCUCAUCACUUUCGGUGUGGCAUCAUGGUUUCCAUUUGCAAAACAAGUAGCUUGUUUAUUGCAAGUGAUGAUGCUUUAUAUAGUGGCUAUCACCGUUGCGUGGCUGUGGCGUGACAAGCACAUGCAGCUGACCACGUUCACCGUCUGUGGUGCCCAUUAUAUCGCCUUCGCCGGUAUUGGUGCGACCAACCACGUCCAGGAAUCCGCCGUUGGCGAUGAGUGGUCUGUGUGGUCGUCGUUAGCGUCGCUCGGUUUCGUGAUAAUGACCGUGGGCUUUCUGAGCGCAAUGUAUGUGCUCAAUUGGGUAUUUUUCAGAUGGAAAAGGGUAGGUGACUGUGCUUUCCAGCGGUCCGUUGACGAAAUGGAGGUGGACAUUGCAGGAUUAGUUUCUUCUUUCUUAGUUACGCAAGCUGUGCAGCAUGCUAUAACAGGAGAGUAUCCGCAUGCGCACCUUUUUCUACAGCUGAUUGCCCGGCAAGGAAUAGAGACCACGCAUUUGCAACGGACUGCCAUGCUCGUUUGGUCGACAGUGCUUACAUUCGUCGCGGGGUUGUGUCUGCCAAUGUUGGAAGAGUACACGAUCAAGAAGGAUGAUCACUGGGCUCGCCGCAGCCAUCGUUUCCUCAAGGUCUUCAUGGUCAUGAUGGUUGCGUGGGGGUACCUGAUCUGGGGCACCUGGCAGUUCCAGAUGUACUACAGCGGCGAUCAGAUGUAUGGACACAUGCUGUUCGCCUCGCUGUGUACGUUUGUUGUGCUGGGCCUGCUGUACGCGCGACGGCGGAUUUGUGAUCCUCCAAGGCAAAGUGACAAGCGAUACCGCACGGGAGACGAACAACAUCACUGUCAGCGGUCUUUCUCUCGUGGCAGCGUGGAGUUGGGAGCAUUGCUUCACGCUGGCCUUCGACGUCAUUGGGCACCGGUACAACGUGGGAUACCAAGGCCUUGUGCCUAA